UCAGCAUGAGCCUGCCCCUGACCAUGUGCAGGAAACAUUCAGGGGCCGCUCCCCUGUGUGCUGUUACCUGGUUGUCGACCAGAAGGUCGACAACAAGGGGGUCAUGAUGCUGCGUUGCACUUUUUGCAACAAAGUAUUUCAGGGGAGCCAAUUCCAGGCGACGAGGCAUUUCACGCAGACGAACUACUGCAAGGACGUCAGCGACGAGGCUUCGUACGAGAUCGCGCGACGGAGUCAACAGAAGUUCGAGAGCGAUCAAAUGGAGAGGGUUGCCAGGUACGCGGCGGAGCGCGGAGUCGAUGUGCCUGGCACGGGUGGUGUGAGGGGAGGAGAGGCGGGGCGGCAGCCCGUGGAGGGAGCGUCAGGAGGGGUCGGGGGAGAUGGUGGAGGUGGAGGCACGGAGGAGGGCGCAAUCGACGUCGAUCGCGAGGCGCGUGUCCCGGGCGAGCAGGGAGUCCCGGGACACGAGGACGUGCCUAAGGUUUAUCCAGGCACUGGGGAGAGGAUGGAGGACUUUUUGAGGCGAGCAGCCAAGGGACCUGUAGGGGAGGGUUCUUCCAAGAGGAAGGAAGGUGGAACAGAUCCGGCCGCCGCCCCAGCUGGGAAGAGGCAUCGCCAACAGAAGGUCACUGACGUCUACGGUGGCGAGUGGGUUGCUCGCCACAAGAAGACAUUCCUUCGCUCGCUCUAUUCCAGCGGGGUCCCCUUCAAUGCCUUCCGCAACCAGGCUUGGAAGGCAUACCAGCAGUUCCUUCUUGAGCAGCCUGGCAGUUCCCCGCGCGCUGUGCUCCCCAGCCAUAGCGAGAUUGCGAGUAUGCAGUCGGUGGAGACCCACCGUGAGGAGCUGGCGGAGGAGUUGGAGCAGGUGAGGCAGCCAUUCUGGAUCACUGGUGCCACCCUCCUCUCCGACGGGAGGAAAUCACGAGACGGGAGACCGAUCGUGAAUUUCCUUGCCGCCGGCUCGCGAGGGGUCGUCGUCUACACGACGAUCAAUCGCGAGGGCGAGCCGGACGAUGCAGUGCACGUCCUUCGGAGAUGGGUGACCAUCUUCCACGAGUUCAGUUUCGGCGGCCCUCAGCGGGUCAAUGCGAUAUGCACAGACUCCGCAUCGGCGUACGUGGGGGCUGCGAGGGCAUUGGCCUCGCCGGGCAUCCCUCCUGCAAUCAGGAGGAUCACUUGGCUUCCGUGUUCCGUCCAUGUCUGCAACAAAUUGUUGUCAGACAUGGGGACGAGUUGCGACGCGUUUGUGGACACGAUUACACGCGCUCGUGUUCUGGUGGUGUUUUUCAAAACCCACCAGGCCACUCUUUAUUUCUUUAGGAAGCGCAGCUCCAACAAGGGGCUUGUGCUUUCUUGCGAGACGCGGUUCGCGUCUGUUUAUUCUAUGUUGGAGAGACUGUUGGCCCUGCAGGACGCUCUGCAGGCGAUGAUGCGAGGGGAUGAGGGGCGGGAGUUUGCUUCUAUACCGUGGUCCGCCGAUGUGUGCGACAUGGCGCCGGAGAGGAAUUGGGCAGUCCACGAGGGCAUUCACACGAAGAAGCGCAACCAGUUGGCCUUUGAGAAGGUCGUUCAGCUGGUUGAGAUCACCGCGAAUGUGCGGUUGUCGGAGUAUCGGCGGGCUGGGUGCGGUUAUGUGCUGCCAUGGCAGCGGGACGAGGGCAUCCUAGACUGCCAGGCCGGACUGGAGUUGGAGCCAGUGCGCACGGGCACGCGUAGGGGGAUGACGCCGGAGGAGAUUGUCCGUCAGGUUGCGCUUAUCACCCGGGAUCCCAUCGGGGUCUCCGCACCACCUGCCGCUGAGGCCGUAUUCGAUAGACGUGCUUCCAUUUUCCGUCCUUACCCCAGGGAGGAUGAUUCCGACGAGGAGCCGGUACCCGAGGCAGCGGACCACCCCGCGCUCCGCAUUCCCCGUGAGAUCGACGAGACGCACCUGGACCCCGAGGAGGACACCAGGGCGCAUACUGCACGACGGGCGGCUGACAGGGCGGAGAGGGAGGUGAUGGGGGGAGAGGAGGAGUUGUGGGGACUGUUCGGGGAGGUCGCUUCAACGGGCGGCACAGGAGCGCGGGCGACGAGCCCCGCUCCGACGAGGCAGGAGUCGUCCAUGCCGCCAGCUUCUGCUCCGAGUCCUGCACCGCCAUCGCCCGUCGCGCCAUAUGAGCCGACCACGGCAGCAGAGGACACGGAGGAGUUGGCGUCCUCUUUGCCUCAGCGCGGACUACUCCAGAGAGGCGGGGCAGUCCGACAGCUGAGGUUACGAUCACCUUCUUCGGGGGUCUUGCAGGAGGAGGGGGGACCGUUGGCAGCAGCAGUGGAGGGGGAGAUGGCAGUGGAGGGGGGAUUGGCGGACACGCCGAUUGCAGGUGUGGUGGACCAGAUAGUUGUAGCAUCAGCGGCUUCAUUGCUAGAGGAGAUGGCAGCUUCAGUGUUGGCAGAGGAGGCACCAACGCCAGGGGGAGCAGAUGCAGUGGAGGGGCAGGCGGGAGCAGCUGGAGGAGCAGCAGAAGGAGCAGCUCGAGGAGCAGCUGCACUGGAUGGGCUUGUGGCUGCAGCAGCAGGAGCAGUGAGACGAGGGUCGGAUGCAGUGGGGGGGGGAAUGCCAGGAUUAGUGGAGGAGGACAUAGGGGCACAGGCGGAGGUGUCGUGUGGGGGCGGCGACGAGCGCCUCAUGCAGCAGUUCCUCACGGAGCAGUACGAUCCGGUCAUGGCGGGUAUGACCCCAGGUGUGGCGAGGGGGUUGGGGAUGUCGGAUUCGCAGAUGGGGAGCCACCUGGACUUAGAUUUGUCGAUGGGCCUUCCACCUAGUUGCGGCGGGGCGACAUCGACGGAUCGCGUUCCAUCGAGGGACGACGCGGCUGGAGAGAGUCUCACGCAGCCCCAAAGAGUGGUGGAUGAGGCUGUGCAGGCAGGACGGCGGCGAGACGAGGGUGUGGGUGACGCACGAUGUGUGGUCCGGGAGACAACGACGGGUCUAGUCGUUCCGUUCUUGGGCGUGCACUUGGCUCAGGGCCGACAGUCACAGCCGGUGUCGGUGGCAGUGCAUGGUGUGUCGUCGCCCGUUAUCACAGAUUUGGGGUCCGAGCCGGUGGUUGCGCCACCGUGUCUUCCUAGUCACUUUGCUCCACAGGAGGUCCGCCGUCCUUUGGAUGCAGACGAGUUGGCGAAAGAGGCUGUCCACGAUGUGACUCGCUUGGACCGUCGGGUCUUUGACCAGAGGCUACAGCAUCCACCAUGGCAGGCGAUCCCUCCAGUUCCAUGGGGUCCUACAUCGCCGGUGUGGUCUGGGUCUACCUCCACCGGAGCACGUACGGUGGGAGAUGUUCCAGGGGUUUCAGGUGGCGUCGUGGAGACGACGCCACGUACACGAGACAUGCCACCCCCUCCUCCUAGACCACCUGUAGGUGAUCCGUCAUCGUCGCCCACAGGCAGAGGCUCUCGAUCUCCACACACGCCUGGGAGGUCUAGGAUUCGGGACACUACAGCCGUUGUGGGGGACGUGAGUGACACAGUGUUGUUCGGGAGGACAGACAUAGAUUUGGAUUCCACCCGCCGUGUCACGGAGCACACUGCACGUCUACAACCGGGUUUGGGACCCCGCGACGGCAGGAUGACCGCAGCGAGGGAGGUGGCAGCAUCAGGUUGUGAGCCUCAGCGAGAUCGCGACAGAGGAGUGUCCGCCGAUAGCUUGGAGUACGCUCUGAUGGCAGCGACGUGUUCCGUGCAUGAGCAGACUCCACGCAAGCGCGGAGUGCCUCCUCGUCCACGCCCCGUACCCGCAGAGGGAGGAGAUGCACUUGGAGAGACUUCGGGGGCAGAGGGGUUGGGGAUGCCUCGUGGAUCGCGCCGUGAGCAAACGGUUACAGAGGCUAGUGCGAGGGUUGUUGUGUUAAGGAAGGCAGGAGCCCCUGUCACCAUCGAGGAGGAUGAUCCUGAGACAGAUGUGGCAGUGCGGGAGGAGGACGAGGACUAUGAGGGCGAGGAGGAGGGAGAGGAGGAGAGCGAGAAAGGUUCUGAUGGUGACUACGACCACGACGAGCACAAGCCCCCACCUCCCCCACCGAAAGGUGCAGCCAGACGGCGCGCUGCGCAGACUUCUUCAUCAUCACGAGGGAGGAGGAGUUCGACAUCCGACACUGAGAGGUACUUUGCGUCGUUGAGGACUUUUCAUGCACAGUACAUUUUCCAUUGGGUUCGAUAUCCGAUGGGGAUUUGCAAUGCGCCUGCCACGUUUCGGCGAGCAAUGAACAUGACGUUCCAAAAUUUCAUCAACAAGACACGGUUGACGCAAGGGAUGAUUAACUUCUGCGUGAUCGUGUACAUGGACGAUAUCCUAGUUUAUUCGGAGACUUAUCACGGGCACGCGCAACAUAUUGAAUGGACAUUGGGCGCACUGAGAGAUGCUGGGUUCAAAAUUGCGCUCGAGAAAAGCGAAUUUUUCCUCUCGAAAAUUUCGUUCUUGGGCUAUGUCGUGCCACUUGGAGGAUUGCGGCCGGACUCGAGAAAAGUUGCGCCAGUAAAGGAAGCCCCGGUUCCCAUGUCACUGACCCAGGUUCGAGCCUUCUUGGGACUGGCAUCAUACUACCGGCGCUUCAUCAAGGGCUUUGCCACGAUUGCACGACCGCUAACGAACCUGUUACGGAAGGACCAACCUCUCAGUUGGGACGCGGAGUGCCAGCAGGCCUUUGCAACCCUCAAAGACGCUCUGGCAACGGCCCCUAUUUUGAUUCGGACGGACCCCUCGAAGCAGUUCAUCCUCAUCACGGACAGGCAACCGGAAGCUAUUUCCGCUAUUUUAGCCCAGAAGGGGAACGAUGGUCGAGAACAAGUCAUCGAGUACGCGUCUCGAACCGUACCGGACGAACGAAGAAACGACUCCGCACCUCAAGGCGAGUGCUAUGCGGUAGUUUGGGGAAUCCAGCACUUCCAUCCGUAUCUCUACGGACAGAAGUUUCGCCUCGUAACGGAUCACGAGCCUCUGCUGGCGUUGAAGAAGCUCACCAACUACACGUGCAUGAUUUUCCGUUGGGCGGUGCGAUUGCAAGAAUAUGACUUCGAUAUCGUCCAUCGAAAGACAGAGCGACACGGCAACGCGGACGGGUUGACACGUCUGCACCGACCUGUCAAGGUACCAAAGAGCGAGGGAAUUACACCAUGGAAGGAGUCGGAUCUGACCAACGAGCCUAAGUACAGACAAGUGGCAGUCCUCCCACGUGGCAAGAAGCCAAACGGCGGCGAUGGGUGACGGAGGUAACCCCACUACCCCUCUCUCCCCCCUUUCCUCCUCGUCUCUCCUUUCCCUGCCUGACAAAUUUUCCUAUUUUUGCG